AUGACUCUCAAGUCGAGCCGGGGCGACAGCGUGAGCAGCAUGCGGACGGCGCUCUCUGACCUGUACCUGGAGCACCUGCUGCAGAGCCGGCCCAAGCCCGAGGCUGUCAUGUAUCCAUCAACCGCUGUGACUGAGGACAUCUACACCAACGGCUCAGCCAUGCUGGGCAGCCCAGCUCACAUGGACAGCCGGGAGGUGCGCAAGAUCCGGCUGGUCCAGUUCGAGAAGGUCACCGAGGAACCCAUGGGAAUAACGCUGAAGUUGAAUGAGAAGCAGAGCUGCAUGGUGGCCAGGAUUCUCCAUGGAGGCAUGAUACAUAGACAAGGCUCCCUUCAUGUGGGUGAUGAGAUCAUAGAAAUCAAUGGGCAAAGUGUGAGCAACCACUCAGUCGACCAGCUGCAGAAGAUGCUGAGAGAAGCCAAGGGGACGGUCUCAAUAAAAGUCAUCCCCAAUCAGCAAAGCCGCCUCCCUGCACUACAGAUGUUCAUGAGGGCCCAGUUUGACUACGAUCCCAAGAUGGACAGCCUGAUCCCCUGCAAGGAGGCGGGGCUGAAGUUCAAGACCGGGGACAUCAUCCAAAUAAUCAACAAGGAUGACAGCAACUGGUGGCAGGGCCGGGUAGAAGGGUCCUCCACGGAGUCAGCAGGGCUGAUCCCCUCCCCUGAACUGCAAGAAUGGCGUGUGGCUAGUACAACCCAGUGCAGUCAGAGCGAAGCCCAGAGCUGCAGCCCCUUUGGGAAAAAGAAGAAGUGCAAAGACAAAUACCUGGCCAAGCACAGCUCAAUUUUCGACCAGUUGGAUGUGAUUUCGUAUGAGGAGGUGGUGAGGCUGCCAGCCUUCAAGAGGAAGACCCUGGUGCUGAUAGGUGCAAGCGGGGUAGGUCGUAGCCACAUUAAGAAUGCCCUGCUCAGCAAGAACCCAGAGAAGUUUGGGUAUCCGGCUCCAUACACCACACGCCCCCAGAAGAAGAAUGAGGUGGAUGGGAAGGACUAUCACUUCAUCUCCACUGAGGAAAUGACCAGGGACAUCUCUGCCAAUGAGUUCCUGGAGUUCGGGAGCUACCAGGGAAACAUAUUUGGCACCAAGUUUGAAACAGUGCAUCAGAUCCACCAGCAGGAUAAAAUCGCCAUCCUGGACAUUGAGCCCCAGACUCUGAAGAUUGUUCGCACUGCCGAGCUGUCCCCAUUCAUUGUUUUCAUCGCGCCAACAGACCAGGCCAGUCAGUUGGAGGCCUUGCAGCAACUACGCAAGGAUUCGGAGAGCAUUUGCAGCCGCUACGCACACUACUUUGACCUGUCACUAGUCAACAACGGUGUGGAUGAGAGCCUCAAGGUGCUACAAGAAGCUUUUGAGCAGGCCUGCAGCUCACCCCAGUGGGUGCCUGUCUCCUGGGUAUACUGA